UGCAACAAAUGUCACGAUCACCUCGUGGCUCGCAAAGGGGAGUUGCCAAGCACACGACGAGCCUGCCCUCAACCUGCUGAGAUUUCAUGCAGAGCCGCCAUUCCUAGAUUCGCACGAGCACACGACCUAGAUUUGAUCUUGUACUUUGGCGGGACAGCGGCAUAAUGGGCGCCACCAUCUCCGUCAUCAAGACUCUCAUAGUCCCCGCCGUAAUCUCCCUCAUCCUCUUCGUCCUCCUCACAUACCUCGUCAUCCCCGCCUGGCGACGGUACCGGAACCGCUACAGCCAGUACCUGCCCCUCGACUCCCUCUCCUCCCAGACGUCUUCCCUCCGCCAGCGCAUCACCGACCGCCUGGCCUCGAUUCCCUUUCCCGCGAGAUGGAGACCUGAAGGCAACCUUGUCUUUGUUGGUGGGGAUAUCUCCGAUGACGAGGACGACGGCGAGGAACUUGGUGAUGUCGAUGACGAGACCUGGCGUGCCAUGGAGAACGAUGCGCAGGCUCGACAGCCAGAUAAUACCAGGCGGCUGAGUAGAGAUCUUGAAGAAGGGUUCAGGGAUGACAGCGACGACGAGCCAGACCGGCUGGUACAAAGUACGAAUGUCAGGAUAUAGCAUGCAUGUUCAACCUCAGCCUUUCCUCCAGCCUACAAUGCAACAUUGAACGCAUUUGCGUUCUCCCAAUCCCCCAAACUGCCGCAAGACUGUCAUGAAAACCACACGAGAUGAUCGCGACAAUGAUAACGUACCAAGAUCAUACCAACGCUCGACAGUUCCAUUCGUGUAUGCGUACUCUACGUUGACUAC